UUAUCCCAGCUUGAUGAGAUUACAGAACUCUCAUUAUUUAGGUGUAGCAAGCUUCAGUCGUUGCCAAAACAGCUGCCUUCCAAUCUAACAGAUGUGGAUAUGCGUGAUUGCCCUAUGCUCGCAAGUGAUUCUAAUUUUAUGAAACGGCUGAGUUUGCUGAACUGUCAACAAUCAGAGAUGGAUGAAAAUUUGUUAAAGCUAGAGAUGGAUUUACAAUUACCAAAGCUAAAGAUGCAUGAACAUGUUCCAAAGCUAGAGAUGGAUGAACCCUUGCCAAAGCUAGAGUUGGAUGAACAUUUGUUAAAGGUAGAGUUUGAUGAACAUUUGCCAAAGCUACCUCAUUUCAAGAAGUCCACUUCGAUGUAUCUGGUACUACUCGAUCUAUCCAACUGCCAACAGUUGAAAAGGAUUCCAGACUUUGAUGAAGUCCCAAACCUUAUUAAGUUGAUCUUGGAAGAUUGUCAAAAGUUAUCACAGAUUCACUCAACACUAGGGCGUCUCAAGCAUCUGGUUUCAUUGAAUUUCAAAGGAUGUGUUAGUCUACAACGCCUUUCCCACUCCAUGGGUUUGAAAUCUCUUCAAACUUUUAUUCUUUCAGGAUGUUCAAACCUUAAACUGUUUGCGGAGAUUAGGGAAGAUAUGGAUAAUGUGUCACAGCUUCACUUGGAUGGGACAGCGAUAAUGAAUCUGCCGAUAUCAAUGCAGCAUCUGAAAGACCUUACUUUGUUAAAUCUGAGAGGCUGCAAGAACCUGUUGACCGUUCCUCAUGUCCUUUGCAGUAUUACAUCUCUGAAAUUUCUCUACUUGUCAGGCUGCUCACAAAUUGACCAACUGCCAGCGAAUCUAGGUUGCUUGGUAAAUUUAAUUGGACUUGAUGCCUCUGAUACUAGUAUAAGUGAAAUACCUCAGUCCAUUGGAUUUCUCAAGAAACUUAAAGUGUUAUAUCUGUAUGGAUGUGGUUUAGUAGAAGAAGCAACCCCUUGUGAUUUUGGCAACCUGUCUUCUUUGCAGCGGUUAGAUUUGAGUGAAAAUAACUUUGUGACUAUACCUGAGAGCAUCUUUCAACUUUCUAAGCUUAGGGAACUUUGCUUGCUAAGGUGUCAGAAGCUACAGUCAUAAAUAUCUUCCAUUCACUCUGAAGCAUGUCCAUGCACAAGA